GCAUCAACUGUCACCUGCGGUAGUGCGAUCGAGUCAACCAGUCUGUGUAUUUCAACCCCGCUGCCCACCAUGGACCAGCCCAAAGCCCCGCCAGCCUUGCCAAUAAAUACCACAGCCACCGUUUUCCAUCUUCCACACCUUGCAAAACUGUCCCAACGGCCGCCGCUACCAGCACCGCCCCUUUCGUCCAGCGAUACCGACAAAGAAACCGCCGGCAUAAUGGGUCUCGUCGCAAGAGGCGGUAAGGAGGUCUGGCGCAGAAGCCUCGGUGGUCUCUGGACCACGGAGUCCAGGCCCAAAGACGAUCUUUCCUCCCGGUCCUCCCGUCGAGCAAGUGUCGAUUCCGCCCUUUCCACUGGAUCCAGGACCAAGAGCCUCCUUUGCGCCCAGUCCGUCGAUACCUCAUCCAUCCUCUAUCCGACACUCACCGUCCAUCCCCCACCGGUCCCGCACAACAUUUUGAUAGUCUCCCUUGCCCAUGUCCCUUCUGCCCCGCAAACGCUCAGCAAUGACGAGCUUUUCCAAAUCGUGCUGCGGAGACUGGAGCCGUGGGUUGGCGAAGAGGGCGAGGGCGGAUACGUUUUGAUUAUCCUUUCGGCGGAAAGAUCGCCAGAAGAAAAGAUGGCAUUCGAUGACAAAUACAAGGCAGAAGCACGUAAGCUGCCUGGAGUAGCAUGGUGGAUCUGGAAGUGGAAGCGUCUCCCCCGCAAGUAUCGAAAGAAUGUCAAACGACUUUACAUUAUCCAUCCAUCCUAUUUCACUCGUUCUCUCCUCCCAUUCAUAGUACCUUUGCUUUCGCCUAAAUCCUACUCCAAGCUCUACCCCGUCCCGUCCCUGUUGGCGCUCUACUAUGAGUACGGGGUCACACUCAAAGGCAUCGACAUCACUCUCCCGGUGCUCGAAGCCGAAUCCCAAGCCCUCAAAGGCGAUCCCGACCUCCUCUCGUUCGCCCUCACCCUUUCUCAAGUCCCGUUAGGAGAAGUCUCGAGACCAAUGUUUAACCGGUCUUCUAGUAGUCAAAGCUCCUCACUUUGGGGGCUUCAGGCCCUCUCCUCAGUGGUUAGUACGGCGGCGUCUUACGUCGGCCUCUCCCGUACUAGCUUCAACGACUCUGCUGAGCGCCGCAGGGUCGUUGCGAGUGAGGGGUACUGGAAACGGGACUUGACCGCCUUGGUGGACGAAUGCGGAGGUAAGGUCCCUCCUCUCUUGCUCACCUUGAGUAGAGUGAUCCUGAGUGCGGGAAUUUCCACCGAAGGGAUCUUCAGGAGGGCUUCCAACUCACGCCACUUGGAGCUCCUUGUCGCCUUACUCUCGCUCCCUCUUGAAGAUCAGGGGAACCCCUCUUGGUUCCAGCUCGCCCACGCGGAUCCUCUGUUGCCCCCCAAGAUUCUCUGCAAGUUCCUAGCCGAGCUUGCUUCUCCUAUCCUCCGAUCCGAACUCUACGACGUGAUCCGUUCCAUCGUAGAGCCUGGGGACAUCAAGGAACGCCUCUUCCCCCUCCUCCCUCCCUCCCACAUCCUCAUUCUACAUUACUUGACCUAUGUCCUCCACCGCCUGACCGCAUUCGAGGAUUCCACCAAGAUGAACGCCCUCAACUUGGCCAUCGUCGUCGCCCCCACCCUCAUCUCCGGCCCUGACCCGCUUGAGGACGCCGGUAUGUGUCUUGAGUCUGGCAAGAAGCUCCCUUUGGCGAUGCUUGUGGCCGCGGGCAAGGCCCCGGAGGAGAGCGUCAAGGGUAAGGAGGUAGAGACGUCAGGCCAGGGGACGGUAGUGGGGAUGCUGGAGUUGUGGAUUAGGGAGUACCCCUCCGUCUCUGGCGACCUCGUUCCCGAGAAAAUGGUCUGUCCUGUCUCUCCUGCUGGCCUUGCGGCUGCUGCCAAGCGAAAAGAGGCGGGCGAGCGCCGAUCCAUUGGGGAGAGGGAGUCUUAUCCCAAGGCGAGAAAGCGGAGGAGUGGUUCCGUGAGGAAUUCUUUCCUCGGUGCCUUAUUCGCUGGGUCUGGUGGGAACAAGGAGAGCAGUGGGAUGGAGGACGCGGUCGAGGUUCGGGAGGGUGUUGUUGGUGGUCCUUCUUCUGGCUCUGGUUCUUCUCCUUCCUGAACUGGCUCAGUUCUGUUGCCGGGCAACUGGACAUUUUUCUUGCCCUUUUUUUGCUUUCCUUCCCUCUUUCUUCACCUUCCCUCCUUUCUAUGGACAUUUCCAUCGUCAUCAAUCAUCAGUGCGCUUCAUUGUGUGUAUUCAGUAUAGUCUUGUAAAACUUGUUGUAAUCGUAACGUUUUUGACCAUUAUCUGUAUCAUUUUCUGUUAUUUAAGUGCCG